AUGGAGGCGUUGCUCGUGACGCCGGCGGCCAGCCUGGCCAAUUGGGUGCUGCAGACCCUGGUGUGCUGGGGGGUGACGGCGGCGGCCGACAAGGUGGCUCUCGUGCAGGUCGUGCGUAAUGAUGUGAAGUCCAUCGAGGACGAGCUGCCGAUGAUGCAUGCCCUACUGUGGGCAUCCUCCACCGCGUACACGUCCGGCGGCGGCUAUAGCAACCGCGGUGGCGACCGUUUGCAGACCGCAUGGGUUAAGCAGCUGCGCGACCUCGCCUUCGAUAUCGAGGACGGUCUCCUCGAGUUCAUGCUGCUCAAGGGGCCGUGGCCGUGGGCCGACGCCGACCUCUCCCGCGUCGCCAAGCAGAUCGCUGACCUCAGGGUCAGGGUCGAGGCCCUCCACGAGCGCAACACGCGGUACCACGCUUGCCUGCGCCCCGAUCAGCACGGAGACGACGACUCCGAGCCCGCGCUCCUGGACGACUGGCGUCACGAGGCCAUUAUUGGCCGGGAAGGCAACAAGAAAGCCCUGGCCAAGCUGGUUCGCCGAGACGGGGCGACCGUGGUGGCGGUGUGGGGCAUGGCAGGGGUGGGCAAGUCGUCCCUGGCGCGCAUGCUGUACGACGACUCCGACCUCAUCACAUGCUUCGACCGCCGCGCUUGGGUGACCGUGCCGCACGCGCUGGACGGCGCCCAAGAGUUCGGGCGGCUGCUCCAGGAGCAGAUCGGCGAGGACGGGGAGCAGCGGUGCCUGGUCGUAGUGGACGACGUGUCCUCGCACGAGGAGUGGGAGCACGUAUCGCGUUGCCUCGCCGCAAACCAAGCCGGCGGCCGGGUCGUCGUGCUCGUGACAACGCAGGAAGAAGAUGUUGCCCGGCUGUGUUCGGGGGACGGCGACGUAUACGAGCUCAAGCCACUCCCACACAAGGAAGCCCAAAAAGUGCUGUGUCAGAAGGUGUACAAGGACGCUAAAUAUAAGUUGCCAAACGAUAUGGUGAAGCAAGCCAAAUUUAUCUUAGAGCGAUGUCGGGGCAUUCCGCUUGCCAUAGCUGCCAUAGGAGGUCUAUUGGCUAAUAGGCCCAAAGUAAGCAGUGAAUGGACGACUCUACAAGAGCAUAUUAGGCCAGAGUUAGAGUCUGCUGCCCUUGAUGUCAAGAGGAUUAUCUCCUUGACCUAUGAUGGAUUGCCAUAUAAUGUCAAGUUUUUCUUCUUGUACAUGAGUAUCUUCCCCAAGAACCAUGAGAUCAGGCGUACCCGCUUAUUACGGCGGUGGAUGGCAGAAGUCUACAUAGAAAAGCCGCAUGGUAUGACCCUUGAGCAAGUCGCAAAGAGUCACUACAAUAAGCUCAUCAAUAGAAGAAUGAUUGAGACUUCCAAUAAAGUCGGGAAUAGCAUGACAAGUGAAUAUUGCCGCGUUCAUGACCAAAUACUCCAAAUAAUCUUGCCCAAGUCUGUUGAGGAUAUCCAGCUGUUCAUCAUGGAUAAGCACUACAAUGAGGCUCCACAAAGUAAUGUACGUCAUUUGGUAUUGGCAAGGCAGAAGAGGAAUGAGGAGAAGCUAACAAGAAUAAAGUUGACUUGCUUACGAUCACUGACAGUCUUUGGAGAGUGUCCUGUGUCUCUCGUCACCCGUGAACUGCGGUUGCUGAGGGUUCUUGACUUGGAGGAUACAGUUGGUCUGACAAAUGAAGAUCUGAAAGAUAUCGGGCAGCUACCCCAUUUAAGGUACCUUGGCCUGCGAGGAACAGAUAUUUCAGAACUUCCUUCUUGUCUGCAAAACCUUCGGUUCCUAGAGACAUUAGAUGUUAAAGACACAAAAGUGACACACUUGCCAGCUGGUAUCGUCUAUCUGGAGAAUCUAUCUUACCUUCGUGUUGGUGUGAACUUUGCAACAGAGAAGAUGGGAGAAGAGAAGAAUGUCAGCAAACGUAAGUUGUUGGGGACUUUGGCUGACUUCGUAUGCGGGUGUCAUGGUAGUAACAAUAGUGAAUCGGGUUGUUCUAGCCAAUUCAGUGUAAGAGCUCCUGAGAAAAUCCAGAAGCUAAGUAAAUUGCAAGUCCUAGGGGUGGUGCACAUUGCACGCAGUCAAGAGGCAAAAAAGCUGAGGAAGCUAACUAACUUGCGAAAAUUAGGAGUGCAUUUAGAUGCAGUUGAUAAAACCAGGAGGGAAUUUUGCAGCUCGCUAUCAAGUCUUGUUCAGCUGGAGCAACUCGAAGUGCACUGUGAGUCGCUUGAGUUUCUCAAGGGCAUGACUGAACCACCAUCAAGGCGUCUCGUGUCUCUACGGUUGUGUGGCCAUCUAGGCAAUCUCCCUAGGUGGAUGAGUCGACUCACCAAUCUGUCCAAGAUAAAGUUGCUACGUACAGGACUGAAGCAAGAAGACAUUGAGGUGAUCGGGAGUCUGCCCAAUGUAAUUCUUCUUGGGCUCUGGAAGGAAUCUUUUGGAGAGGAGUGUCUAUCUUUUGGCAAGGGUAAAUUCCGAAUGCUCAAACUGCUUGAAAUUGAAGGCUUGAAGAAAGUCAAAACCAUAUGCAUCGAGAAUGACGCGUUGCCAGUCCUCGAGAAACUUCGAGUAAGGAAAUGUCUCGAGUUGUACAACAGUGGGCAGGGGUUGUUUUCGGUGAAGUCUCUAAAGAACCUAAACGAACUUGAACUGACAAAUUGUGGUGAUAAAUUGGAGUUGGAGAUGCAACUUCGAAGGCAGAUUAUUGGCUUUUCCAACCGACCAGUGCUCAUAACUCGCAAGUAUGUAGUAACUUGGACAGAAAUGAUGCUCAAUAGUUUUUACAGACUCAUCUGA